GAAGAAUGUAGGGCUUGAGAAAAGUUCUGGUUGACUUAGUCUCUGAUGGAGCAACACAGCUAGAACGUGACCAACCCUCCAGACUCGUGUCCUCAGUCACGGUCUUGGCGAGAGAACUGAGAGGAGAAAACAUCAGGAUCUCUACCAGCGCAGGAUGCAGGUAGAUCGACGCUGCUAUGGCAAAAACAAUCACAAGACAAACGUUCGCCCUCCCCAUCGGGUGCCCUUUGCUCCAAGGGGAUACCUUCAGCAUAUCGGAAUAAAUACCAGACACACCCACAACCAUUAAACUUGGUGGUAAACUCUGUAAGUGGUGGCUUGUCUGUAGAGGUAGUCCCAGAUCAGAGUCACACACAGCAGAUGGUAAUGCCCUGGAUCAAUGUGCCCUCGGUGGACUUUGCUCCUGUGUCUUUUAUAAGGAAGUCUUUGGAGCACAUCCUCAGUGCUCCGUAACAGGAAUCAAGGAUUGGAAUAUGAGUUAGAUUGGUUCGGAAAGAGUGGCGACGAGUGGAUACUGAAGUGAAUAGGAUUUGGACACAACAGGCGGGACUCCAGAGAGUGUCAAGAUGUUCCAGAGGAACAGUCCCUUUGGCUACGACACCAGCAGCUACUCUGGCUCCAUACAGUCCAAUGCGUACUCUGUGGAUGACAUGUCAUCCCAGGUAUCAAAUCUCUCCAGACCCAGUGGCAAGUCAAUAUACCUGCAGAGAAGAGAUUAUGCUGAAUCCAUCAACGAGAUGAUGAACAAGAUCCAGUACAGAGUAGAGCACCUGUUCACCUGUGAGCUGGAUGGGAAGGAGGUGCAGGAUGUCGGGGACUGUGUGGAGCGCCUGAAGCUUCUGGAUGGUAUGGGCCGUGUGUGGGGCCAGGAAAUGAUCCUGGAGAUACGGGAUGGCAACCUGCUGCUGACCGACAUCGAGACCAAGGAGGAACUGGAGUCCCUGGCUCUGAGCAGCAUCCUGGAGCUGAAGGCCGUGAUGGACAGCUGUGUGUACAACUCCCUGCUGACCAUGUCGGUGCACGACCACAGCAGCAGAAUCACCAGCGUCUUCUUGUUUCAGUGUGAGGAGCUCAGGGCUGAAUACAUUGAAAAGGACCUAAAGAGAGCUCUUCCUCAUAGAAGAGAGACUUCUGGCUCCAGAGAAAAUCUGGCCGCCAUAACAAGCCAUCAGAUAAUUAAGCACACGAGGAACAUAGCCCCGCCCCCUGAAGAGACUGAAUGGAACCCUCCGAGCGACCCUGUGUCUCAGUGGAGUGCUCCGGACUAUGAUGAAGCCCCCCCAACACCUGUACCAGUCAGGCCCAGGGUGAAGCCCCCCUCAGGACCCCCCUCUGUGGAGGAGGAGCCCCUUCCAGUCUUCCCACAGCGCCGGUACACCCCCUCCGGACCCCCCUCUGUGGAGGAGGAGCCCCUCCCAGUCUCCCCACAGCGCCGGUACACAGAGAUAGACAGGAAUGUGGACAUCUUGAAUCACAUCUUCACGGACAUUGAAAUAUUUAUGGGCAAAAUAUCUGCCAUAGUGGCCAAAGACGAGAAGAAAAAGAAGAAAAAGAAGAAGGUUAAAGCUAUAAAAGGCAUGCCACCCAGUAAGGAAUUUGAAUCUUGCCUGCAGAAAAUCAAGUUUGGGUUCAACCUGCUGGGGGAGCUCAAUGGAAAGAUCAAGAAUCCCAGUGCUCAGGAUUUCGUCCAUGUUCUCUUCUCCACUUUAGCAUAUGUGGUGUCUCACUGCCCAGAGGACCUGCCCCCCUCCAUUGUGGCCCCCCUGCUGGAGCCGAUGUGCAUCGUGCUGCUGAGUGAGGAGGCCACCCCGGACGAGGACCAGCUGUGGCAGUCCCUCGGAGACGCCUGGAACAUCCCCAGUACCAAAUGGCCAGAGGAUGACGAGGACAUACCCACCUACACUCUAGAGUUCCUAGACGGCUGGCAGCCCCCAGACGUGACAGAAGAUUCCCCAGGAAGAGAGCCCGACAGCGGGCAGCAGAAUCAGCACCAGCCCCCCAAACAGAAAUCAGCCCCAAUCAAGCUUCCACCGUCACAACCAGAUGAGCUCAGUCCCAGUUACAUGCGUGUGAAGUACGAUUUCUCAGCCCGAAACCACAAGGAGCUGAGCAUCUCAAAAGGAGAGGUGGUUCAGUUGCUGGACAUGUCCAAGCAGUGGUGGAAGGUGAGGAACUCUGGAGGAGAGGAGGGCUUCGUACCCAACAACGUCUUGGAGGUUCUGGACAAGGGAGAGAAGGAGCAGACCACAGCCGCCCCCUCCUUGACCAGGAGGUCCAAACCCGAUGACGUGAAAGUCUGGCUGGAGCACAAGGGCUUCAGCAAGAUCACGGUGCGCUGCCUGGGCGUGUUGAGCGGCUCCAUGCUCCUGGGCAUGACCAGGGACGAGCUGAAGAUCGUGUGUCCAGAGGAGGGAGGUCGGGUCUUCUUCCAGCUCCAGAACAUUAAGUCGGCCCUGGCUCUUGCCAGUGAAGUCAGGCCAAUGGAGCCUUGAGAGGGGGAGGAGGACCAGAGAAUGAAGAACAUGUGAGAGAAGGAUGAUUUCUGACUUUCAGCAUCUCAUAGAGGACUCAUAACUGCAACUGAAACAGUUUCAGUUACCACCACCAUAUUAAAGCUGCAUAACGCUGAUACAUACAUACAUACAAACAUACAUACAUACAUAGCUUACAUACAUACACAUGAAUAAACAUGUUCAUUUCAUAAACCAGUAUUGAUAGGGCCUUGAAUUAGAUGACAGAUCAUUUGAGGAUCUAGAGAUUGGUGAUUUGUCAACAUUUUGUCAUUUCAUAUAUAAGUCUAUCAAUUGAUUGGUAAUGACGACAUAUGAAUACAUUUGGAGAUUCAUAAAUUAUAUUAAUCAUCCUGUGAAUUUCAUAUCUGUACCAAACCAUUUAAUGUUUAUGUUAUUGUAUAUGUGUUACUACUGUAAUUUGACAGAUAAAUAUAAAUGGCCCAGUCUAUCCUGUAUGAGUAGGUAACAAUUGUCUUGUACAGUACUGGUACAACAUAGGCAUUCCUUAUAUUCAUGUAUAUACAGUACAUUCUAUUUAAAUGAUAAAUGAUGUAUAUAAACAUAUAUCAAAUUAAUAAAUAAUGAA